AUGACCCAUCCCUAUCACGACAUCAAAGAUCAUGAACAUGUUUCCGCUCUACCUGCAGAGAAAUUCAAAGAGAACCCAUGGGAACUCGUGCGAGCCAUAGAGGACUUUGCCAACACCGAGAAGCUACCUAUGAUCUUCCGUGAAAACAAGAUGAACCUGGCCCGAGCCGCUCUCGCCGACAUGAGCCCAAAGCCAAAGAUGAUAGUCGAGUUUGGAAGUUUCGUUGGCAACUCGACUGUAGCAUGGGGCGCUAUGCUGAAAGAAUUUUACCCCGACAACAACAGCGGCAUUUGCGUUUACAGCUUUGAGCUCGACCCCGAACUAGCAGAGAUUGCACGAGACAUUGUGAAACUGGCUGGUAUGAGCGAUAUCGUCACCGUCAUUGACGGGCCAGGAGCAGAGUCGUUGAAAGACCUCGUGAAUAACGGAGAUAUCGAGCCCGAGAGUGUUGAUGCUGUUUUCUUCGAUCACUGGGAAGACAUUUAUCUUACAGAUUUGAAACUCUGCGAGGAACUUGGAGUUCUCCACAAGGGAUCAGUAGUAAUGGCAGACAAUACCGACAUUCCUGGCGCGCCCAAGUAUCUGGAGUAUGUCAGAGGCAACAUGGAUGAACAAGCUGGAACCACACGAUAUCAAAGCAAAACUCACCUCGUACCCAACUCAAGUAUUUCAAACGGGCCAAGAGCUCUGGAGGUCACUACCGUUAUUUAA